AGUUCAGUUUAGCUGACUUCGGUGAAUGAUAAUAGGCUCUACUUUUCCCGUUUUCCACCGAGAGCAAACAUCUUUGAAAACCCCAAUAUAUCGACUCUCAGUCUCCAUCUCUCCGAUUUUCCAUGGCUCUCCCGCCGUUGUGUCCCUAACUUCGGACAUCAUAUCUCGUCUUCUUGUUCUAUAAUCAUGAACUUCAAACUUCUCUCUCCUCUAAGAAACCGUCUCCACACUCUUCUCCGCUCAGAUGUUGCUUGGUCGCAACGGAGGUAUUUGGGUACGGCUGCGACUGCGACUGCGACUUCGGCUCAAGAAAUACCCAAUAAGCGCAGAACUGGGAAAAGGAUCCCUGCAGAUGAAAGAAAAGCAAAGGUGGAAGCAUAUGUCAACAAAUACAGGGUGAUGAAUUCCGGAAAAUUCCCAACAACCAAAAAUGUUACUAAUCAAAUUGGCGGCUCUCACUAUAAAACUAAGGUUAUUAUUCAGGAGUUGGAAUACAAAUCCAAGUUACCUACUGUGGCCCGUGCUGCUGAUAAAUUAACUAUACUGCAAAAAGCUCAUCAGAAUCAGAUUUCUGAAGUUAAAGCUAUUGUUGACUGUAAACUGUCUGGCAAGGACAAGAGGAAUACUGUUGUGGAUGACACUACUUCAGCAGAAUGUUAUUUGAGCUAUGAAAGUGAUAAAAUCAGUGACCAGAAGAUGAUUGAUAUGUCAACUUUGAUCAAGAACCAUGAGAUAACAGCAGAAUAUGAAUCUGGUAGUGAGAAAAAGGCUGACUUGAAACUUUGGGGAGAGCAUGGCAGGGCAUCUGCAGAUAUGGACAAGAGUGAAAAUAGUAGAAUUCUGGAAAGCUGCAUAGUGCCUGUUAUAUCAACUGUAAUGGAGAGCACCUUGGCAAGUGUGACUCUAAUUGCCACGUCAACGGUAUUUUGCACCUAUGAUGGCCUCCUUUUACCAUCCGUGGAUGAUUUCGAAUCACCUGCAAAAUCAGAUCACUCUUCUGAAGUUUCUGGCAUGUAUAAAAACACAAAGUCUGUGGAAGUAGAUGAGACUUCUGGUCAAGCCUUUGAAUCUAAUGAACUCAUAAGGUGCAAGGUGACAUGUGUUGGGGAAAUCUCAACUUCGAUUGACAGUAAGAAACAAGUUAGUAACCCUGAUAGUGCUUAUGUUGAGAAAUUGGUGAGAAAUGAAAAAAAUAAAACUGGUGAAGUCGAGAAGACUCUGGAUUGUCAAGUGAGAGUUGGUAGGACUGUGAGUGUAGAUGACUACCAUGUUUCAGCUGAAGAUGACUCCAGCGACCAGAAGGAGGUGGAUAACUAUAAUUGUCAAAGGAUGAUAAGUAACCCAAUUCUAAUCAAGGGUAAAGAAGUAGCAGUUGAAGAUAUUUGUGGAAGUGAGGAAAUGACAGCUAGUAGUGCAAAAGCCACAGCAACAGAGGAUUCUGCAAUUUUAUUAAUGCCAAGUCAUCGUAUUGAAGUUCCUAAAACAUCACAAAAUGCGACAAUAGGUAAUCUAGACGAGGCAUCUGCGCCAGCUUCAAAAUGUGAUAAACUCCCAAGGGUAACUACCACAAAGAAGCAUGAUGAAGUCGAUGAAUCGCAGCAGUCAUCAUUAUGGGGCAGCCUGAAGUUCUUUGCAAGCAAUGUUAUUAGCAGGUGGCAGAAAACAUGAAUUAUGUUCUUGAUAGAGAGAAUGACAAGAUUGUAUAGAGAGAGCUAACAUGUGUCAGGAACAGUGUUCUUGUGAUGCGUCUAUUAUGAUUUGUUUAAAGGAUGUCACGGAUGAUAAAUCUGUAGAGGCGGAAGUGCACUUACUGGUUUUAUUGCACGAGUCAAGUUGGAAAGAGAACCAGACAAACCGUUAAAUAUUCAUCAUCUUUUUGAAAGAGCAAUUCAUUUUAGCAGGAACAAAUGGAUAACUUGUUAGUGAUUUUGGAAUAGGUCAAACAAGUUAGGAGGGUAAUUGUUGUAAAGACUUAUUUUAAAUUUUUGUUCAUUUAUUGAUCUUAGAAUUCAAGAUUAAUGAUUUAAGUCAUCAUUUUCAAA